AUGGCAGCCCUUGUUAAAGAUAACACUAGUAAGACGACUAUCUAUGUUGGAGGCCUUGAUGAUCAAGUUAAUGAACAAAUCCUCCACGCAGCGUUUAUUCCCUUUGGAGAUAUUGUUGAAAUUCAAAUACCUCCGGAUCCUGCUUCUCACAAUCAGCAUCGUGGCUUUGGUUUUAUAGAGUUCGAAGAAGCUGCUGAUGCUCAAGCUGCAAUUGAUAAUAUGAAUUUAUCAGAACUUUAUGGUAAGGUUAUUAAAGUCAAUUUGGCCAGGCCCAUGAGAAUUAAAGAAGGGAGUAUGCGAGCUGUAUGGUCUGAAGACGCAUGGCUACAAAAAUUCGCACUCAAGUCCGAUGAUCCGAAU